AUGGCGUCCACUCCUCCCGGUUUCCGCUCCUCCGUCUCGCGCCGGCCGAAGAAAGCCACCGCCUCGACCAAGAGACACCGCUUCGAAUCCUUCACGAAACGAAUAGAGCAGUUGAAGAUUGACCCGGUUCACACUGUGAGAAGAGUGAAGCCUUCGAAAAAUGACGCAGACGUAUUGCAAAGCUUUUUCCACACAGCGCUGCAAGGGUGGGCGGAGCUGAACCUCUCCGCAACAUUCACCAGCUUCCUCAAUAAGGCGAGCCCUCUCUGCGAAAAUCUCCCUCAAGUGCUUCACCAUGCAGACAAAAUCUUCGAGAUCCUUGCCGAACACAUCGAGAAACGAGACGAACUCGCCCUCGAGCCUCUACUCAGCCUCCUUGCCCAACUUGCCCAUGACCUCAAUCAUGGAUUCGAACCAUAUUUCCAAAGAACCGUCCAGCUUGUUGCAGAGAUUGCUGCCGCCGCCGACAAGACCGAGGUUGUCGAGCGGUGUUUCAACUGUCUGGCGUUCCUGUUCAAAUACCUGUCCAAACUCCUCCUACGAGACCUACGCCCCCUCCUCGAUAUCAUGAUACCAUACCUCUCCUUCAGAAAGGACUACAUUGUUCGAUUCAGUGCAGAAUCGCUCUCAUUCCUGCUAAGAAAAGCCGCUAUCGCACAUCACACACGGGGAUCACCCUUGGUACUCGCUGUCAAGCAUCUUCUGAAAGUCCUUUCGGAGCAAGAGAGGGCCACAGACUUCAGUCCAUAUCAAUUUGGCGUCAUGUCUCUCUUCGUGGAGAGCGCUCGCGGGGUCGACCAACAGCUACAUUCGUGUGCUCCAUCGUUAGUACAGUGUCUAUUAGACUGCGCUCGGCUCAUGAAGCAACAAGCGCAGGUUCAGUCAGCGGUGGAUGGCAUUCUGACUGCGCUCAUCCAUGAGACAACCAGCGACACGUUCAAGCCAAUUCAGGACGUCGUCUUGGAUGCUGCUCGGGAGUCUGCAGCCUCGGAAGAGGCUUCCCAGAUAUCUUUCGCCCUGAGGAUUUUGCUUGUCAUCAUAGGGACACAACGAGGAUCCAGGAUCAGUGAAUGGACGGUCGUCAUCGAGGCAUUCCAAGUGAUAGCUGCAAUCGCAUGGUCUCUCAACGAAGAAAAAAUGCAUACCAAUUCCAUGCUCGCAAUCACCAUCGCCGCAGUGAUCCAAUACGCUCCCUUGGAUCACUUGUUGCCCGUGUCCCAGCCUUUGUUGGAUUCGGCCGCUGAACAGUUUUCGCCGCGCGAAUUCUAUGCCUUUUCCACCGCUUGUGCCGAGCUUGGGCCGGAGAGGUUCACUAACUUUGUCCUUCCAGAACUCCAAAAAUACAUUGCGAAGCACUGGUCCGAUGACGAAGUCAGCCUCUACUACAUGCUGGAAAGACUUCAGCAGAACAAGAUUGGCUUUGGUCGUUCCGCGGACGCCAGGACAAUAACUUGUCCGGCGGAUUUCGGGAGUUUCAUUCUGAGUCACUUGUCAGCGGAGCAACAAGACGAGGAUGCUUCUGAUAUUGAGCACCUUGCUGGAAGACUUCGCUUCUCCAAAGGUGCUUGCCUCUUCGGUGAUUCCGAAUACACUACUGGAUCCCUGAACGCCUUCCACGCCCUACUCACACACGUCUUGGAAAACGUCAGCAGUGAUCUCGACCUUCGCCAACGCACAGUUCUGGGUUGGGGGUUCGAUACCUUCGUCGAGCUCGCACCCGCUGAUGACCCGCGGCUCAAUGAUCUGGCCUCACGUGUCCCGAAACUGUCCCCGGUUGUUUUCCACCUGCCUGCUUUCGUACAGGCGACCGGCCGUCUAUUUGGGAAAGUUGCUCGGGUCGAAGGGGUUGAGUCUCGGGUCUUCGAUAAUGUGCGCCGCAUUCUGAUGCGAAAUCUCUUGUCGACGUCCUUCAGCCUGAAAAAGGGCUCUGCGCAAUUGCUUCGCGGCCUUGGCUGCUUGCGUGUACGGUCGUGGCUCCACGAGACCAUUCGCCUCACGCUGGAUAUUCUCAACACUCCAUACACGCCCGCCGACGCCCGAAAAAUUGCCAUGCUACUCAGACGGCUUCUGCAUCAGCAAAAACACAUUCCAGAGGACUCGUCGUUCCAAGACCUGAUCCCUUUAUUCUGUUGCGGCCUGAUGCCACACUACCAUGAUCAAACACGGCUGGAAGUCUGCAACUUCCUCUCCCAAAUGGUCCAUACGACGUUCUCUGAAGAAACCGUGGUCAAUGUUGCCCUGCAGUGGCUACAAUCGCCCGCCGAUUCAAUGCAACUGCCUCAAAAAGACGUCCCGGACUCGAAGUCGCAUUUGUCUUGCUUUGAAUGCUCAAACCUUGCCCACCUCGAUUCAUUGUCCUCUUCGGUCUCAAGCGAUUUCGAGAAUUCCGGUGAGAGAUUUCGGAGCUUGAUCGAAAACGACCAUCGAUUGGAAAAUCCCGACAGACCACCUCCGGACGGUCGAUCGUUGGCUCUCCAGCUUCUGUCCGCGAUGCCCGGCUCAGCUGAGCGCCGAUCCCGGUCACUGGUUCCUAUCUUCCUCGCCGCACCCUUUACUCGUGCUCAACUGCAACCCAAGCCCGGCUCCGACACUUCGACAUCGUCGCACACAUUGAGUCCCGACAUCGACGACCACGAGUGGUCUUUGCGAGACAGGAAGGCGAUGCUGGCUCUACUCGGUCAAUUCCUGAAUCCUCGUGCUCUCUUCAGAUCAUCCGAAGUGCAUGAGAAACUUAUCGAUCUCUUGGGCAAUGGCAACGAUGCAAUUCGAAAGCUCGCCCUCCAGGCCGUACUGACGUGGAGGGAUCCCGUACUCGUCCAAUACGAGGCAAUCCUGCUCCAAUUGGCCGAUGGACAACCGGAGACUUCCUUCAUUGGCAAAUGUUUGGCCUCUACCGAGGAAGAGGGUCAUGUCAGACCAGCGGAUCGUGACACCGUCAUCCCUGUCAUUCUCCGGCUAUUCUUCGGUAUAAUUGUCGGGCGAGCAGGGACAUCGGGCUCUCAGGACGCCAGGCGGAAAUCAUUGCUGCGCAUCCUCCUCGCGUUACCCGGGAACGAAGUUUCGACGUUUCUCGAUAUUGCCCUCGGCAAACUGAAAGACGUCAAGGUCCAAGCAGACGCGCCGGAUCUCGCAUGCCUUACCCAAGCAUAUAUUCCGGAAGACCAGCAAUAUGGAUUUCUUCGGUUGUUGUUGUCCAUGAUGGAGACAUUCCAGCAGGACUUUCACCCAUACGGCGAACAGGUCAUCGAUGCGGUCAUGUUCUGCGUCCAGGCUUCCCAUCAAGGCCAGACCGCCGGGGUGAAACAGACCGGCACAGGGGCACUGACACGAAAUAUACGGAGGAGCUGCUUCCAGUGCCUCGCCCUUCUCUUCCAGCAUUGCCACGCAGUCGAGUGGCCUCGAUAUCUCCGCAGCCUCUUCUCAUGUGCGAUAAGUCCGCGUCUCGACAUAUUCGCCUCGGAGACCAGCCAGGGGAUUUCCGGGCUGCUGCGUUUGUUUUCGACCUGGGCCCGUUCACCGGACUAUAUCGACUUCCUUGUUGACUAUGACCAACGAGUGCUGGCCGUCAUAUGGCAGACUCUAGGUGCGACCUCGACGCCGGAACCCGUGAAGCAGUUCAUCCUCGCCGAAUUUGCCCUUCCACUGGCCGAUCUCAUCGAGGAUGAAGACCCAACAUGGUCGAACAAAGCCCGCAAGCUCCUCAUGACCGAUGCGAACGGCCUGUUCACCUCGCUCUCCACCCUGCUCGAGCAGUCGCGCGCCAGGAUCAUCUCCGGCUCCAGCACCGUCAUCGCCACGACGACAAUAAUUCUGGGCAAAGUCGCCCCCCUCGCGCAGUCUCCGGAGUCCCGACAGUCCAUCGUCAAGUUGCUGACGGCCCUUCUUUCCGACGACAAGCUCCUGGUCCCUCCGCAUGUCAAAGGCAAACUCUUGCUAUCUGUCCAGAGGUUUUUGGCCGUCGACGCCACUCUGGACGAGAGCUCGCAUCUGGACCUUUUGACGUUGGUUUCGUCCUUGUUCAAUUACUUCAAGGACCAGGCGAAUCGUCAGUUGCUAUGCGACGUCCUGGAAAUGCUGGCUACUUCAAAUGUCCAGCUGGCUCAGAUCGCGCGACUGUGCAAAGACGUCAAUGCCAUGUCAGCGGAACGACUCGAUGAGAUCGACUAUGACAGGCGGCUGCAGGCUUUUCAAUCGAUCCCGGCCCUGGAGCUCACCGCCACGGGCUCGAUAUAUCAGCCCAUCAUCUACAACCUGCUGUUCUUCCUGAGAACCAGUGACGAUCUCACGAUAAGGUCGAAUGCCCUGGACUGCCUCAAACAGAUGAUUGUCAGAUUCUGCGAAGCCGAAAAUCCCCACUUGAACGACACGAUGGUGAACUCGGUCCUCGCCGUGACCAAGAAGUGCAUGAGCCAUGAAUCAGAAAUCGUAAGGGCAGACUUUGUCACUCUCCUCGGCCUUCUUGUGCGGCAUGCUCGCAACAACGGAGAUCUGAGGAACAUGACACCCCUCCUGGUCGGAAACGACGAGGAAGCGUCCUUCUUCUCCAACAUCCUGCAUAUCCAAGCCCACCGUCGUCUCCGAGCGAUUCGACGCCUUGUAUCCGAGGUCGAGAAAGGCCAGAUCAACGCGGCAAACAUUGUGGAGAUAUUCAUUCCUCUGUUGAAGAUGUUCGCUUAUGAUCCAAGAACCGAUGAGACGGCCCAGAGCGUCAAAGGCGAGAGUAUCACUGCGAUUGGCACGCUGCUGGAAUGGAUCGACUGGAAGAACUUCAGGAUGCUGUUCCGCCGGUACAAGAAUGACCUCGACGUCUCCUCGGGCAAGCCCAAGGCCAACCAUCGACUUCUGACAUGUGCAGUUGACGCGCUGUUAUCUGCGAAUAGCCGUCGCCCUACCAACUCCAACUCUGAAGAUCGACCGAUACCUUACCUCGCAAUGUCGCUUCCGAGCACAACCACGGUCGAGAAAGAGCUGAGGAGUCAGUUCAUCCCCAAGCUUGCAGACCUUGUCCACUACAAAGACGAGACCGAGAUCAGCUUGCGUCUUCCUUUUGCCGUCGUGGCGAUCAAGCUCAUCACUCUGCUCCCGCCUGAGGAAAUUCCACUUCUCGCCAGCCCAAUUAUUCUUGAUAUCGCCCAGAUCCUCCGAAGCAGGUCUCAGGAAUCCCGCGAUGCCGCACGCAAAGCCCUUUGCGAGAUCGUUCUUUUGCUUGGCCCCACCAGUUUGCAGUUCGUGCUCAGGGAAAUGCGCACGGCACUCACCAAAGGGUAUCAGUUGCAUGUCGUCUCUUACACCCUCCAUGCCAUCCUGGUGGCGCUGGUUCCUCAAAUCGAACACGGUGCGCUGGAUUACUGCUGCGAAGAGCUCGUCUCUGUUAUCAUGGAUGACAUUUUUGGUGCCGUCGGGCAAGAAAAGGACAAUCAAGACUAUGUCAGCAGCAUGAAGGAGGUCAAAAGCAGUAAGAGUUCUGACUCAAUGGAACUCCUGGCUCGUUCAAUCAGUAUCCCGUUUGCGUCAAAGCUUGUGGCACCAAUUCAGAUCGUUCUGUCUGGCAAUCUGUCGGCAAAGCAAGUCCGACAAGUCGAUGAGCUCCUCCGCAGGAUCGGAAGCAGUCUGUCGCAGAAUCCGUCAGCCAGUCCGCGAGAUGUCUUGACAUUUGCAUACCAACUGAUUCAGUCGCUCUAUCAACAGAAGGAGACUGGUCCCAGCGAAGUGCCUGGCCACAAGGAGAUGAAUCGAAAGAGAUAUCUCGUCGAUUUCUCGACCGGUAAAUCAAACCAGAGCCGGAAUUCAGCCUUGUCAUACAAACUGGCCAAGUUUGCUUUGGAUCUGGUGAGGUCGACCUUUCAAAGAUCCGCAGAAACUCUUACGGCGGAAAACGUUCACGGCUUCCUUCCCAUCAUCGGCGAUGCGUUGAUCGAAGGUCAAGAAGACGUCAAGAUCUCCGCUUUGCGUUUGCUGUCCGCCGUUGUCAAGUUACCCAUGCCAAAGCUUGAGCAAGACUCACCCUUGUACAUCGCCGAAGCCGUCAAGAUGGUGAGAAACUCAACGAGUACCAACGAGGAAGGGGCACAGGCUGCGUUGAAAUUCCUGGCGGCAAUUCUUCGUGAACGCAAGAGUGUUGUGGUCAGAGAGUCCGAUAUCGCUGAAAUCCUGCACCGCAUCGCUCCGGACAUUGCAGAACCCGACAGGCAAGGGGUGACUUUCAACUUCAUCCGGGCAGUCAUGGCAAGGAAGAUCCAGUUGCCGGAGCUUUAUGAUCUUGCCGAUAAGAUCGGAGCGAUGAUGGUAACCAACCAGUCAAAAGGGGCACGAGACGUCGCACGAGGUCUUUUCGUGCAUUUCUUGCUUGAUUAUCCUCAGAGCUCUUCUAGAUGGUCGAAACAACAGAGAUUUCUGAUGACGAACCUUGAAUAUGAGCAUCCCGAGGGCAGGCAGUCAAUCAUGGAAGCCAUCUAUGCCUUGGUCGGGAAGAUGAAAGGAGAAGCGGCGCAGGAGUUGAUCCAGGCGUUCUUCAUUCCCAUCCUUCUCCGAAUGGUCAACGAUGACAACGAACAGUGUCGAAAGCUUGCCGGAGUUCUCCUGGGCCAGCUUUUUUCCCUGGUGGAAGGCAACAGCCUGAAAGACACGUUGGCACUUCUCGACAGCUGGGUCGACCAAGGGGAGAAUAGCAAAUUGAAGCAACUCAGUAUGCAGGCAUACACCAUCCUCCUAGACACGGAUGUUUCUUUGACCCAAGACCAAAUUGUCCAGAUUCGAACCAACAUCAACAAAUCCCUCGAAGUAACAAGCGUGACCGACGAGGAGGUGUGGGAGAUUCGAUUCCAGUCGUUGCAGCUUCUGUCGAAGCUGGUGGGACGGCACCCAGCCGCAGCGUUGAACUCGAUGCAGCAACCCCUGUGGUCGCAUGUAUGGCCGUCUCUGACCCAUCCCAACCCGUGGAUACAAAGCACAUCGGCGAGCCUGAUCAAUCAAUUCUUCAGCCACUGUGGCUCAACCGCCCGCGGAAGGAUUCCGCUCCCCUGUGAUCACGGUCUUUCCUUGGACUCGGACGAUUUGCUCGGCAUCUUGAAAGACACCACUCGAAUCCUGCGGCAUACAAUCGGGAACGACAACUUGAGCAUGGAGGUGGAGCAGAUCCUUCUGUUUUUGGGUCAAUACUUGAACGCGAACUCGCUAGGGAUCGAAGUUGGCCGGAACGCCAGCGAAACACAGAAGGCCGAGGAGGCGGAUUCCGACGAGGAUAGUAGCGCUGAGGAGGGAGGGCACAGCAUACGGGCAACUCAAUACCUGCUCGAUCAGCUCGCACGCACUCUGCGUCGAGAAACGACGACACUCACAUCGGCAGCGCUCCUCCCGAAGAAGUCAUCGCUCCGGCUCCUCUCAAAUCUCAUCCCCGCGCUUUCAAUGUCCAACGCCACAGUCAACGCCGUCCUCUUGCCCCUCCAGCAUCUAACGGACACCAACACGAUCCCGCCGCGCUCAGCGGACCCGACAUUUGCCGCAACAUACCAGAAUCUCAUCGAACUGGCCCACGAAGUCAUGGCGGGAAUGCAGAAGAAGCUCGGAGACGCGGCGUACGUCAAAGCAGUCACGGAAGUGAGCAAGACGAUGCGCGAGAGGAGAGAGGAACGUCGAGCGAAGCGGCGGAUCGAGCAGGUCGCAGAGCCGGAGAAGGCUGCGCGAGACAAGAAGAGGAAGAGUGACAGGAAGAAGGAGAGGAAGAGGGAGAUGGGAAGAGCGCACCAGAAGAGGAGGAUGGAAGGUGGCGGCAUGUAA